AUGGCUACCCACGUUGUGACUGCGACUACUACUGCCCCUGCUUUCACUGGCAAGCAAAUCUCCGUCUACGGUCACCCUUCUCCUGUCAACUCGGCCGAGACCUCUCCCGCAAAUAACUCUCCUACUUCUCCUCGCUAUCAGCACUUGCCGCUUCAGUCGAAGCAACUCCGUCCCCUCAAGGGUCCUCUCUACGUUCCUGCUGCCUUGCGCCCCACUGAGCGUCCCCAGAAGGCCUCUUCUCCCCCGACUCCUCCCCGCAGCGUUCACGGUUCUCACGGCUCUCUCGACAGCCUGAACGAGGGCGAAGUUGGUGCACCUGUUACUCGUCGUUCGACCAUGGAGAGCUACAACAGCGGUCCUGCUGUCAGCAAGCUGGCAGAGGAUGAAUGGAUGAAGAAUGAGCACCUGGGCGAGGUCACUGGUCUUCCCACUCGUGAUCACUGGAAAGCGGACUCUGCUUCCCCCAACUGCGACUCUCCUACCUGCCGCUCCUCUUUCGGUCUCUUCCUUCGCCGUCACCACUGUCGCCAUUGCGGCCACGUCUUCUGCUCCUCCCACACUCCUCAUGUCGUCCCGCUUGAUCAGAAUGCUCGCUUCCACCCUGAUGGAGUUCCCUCCCGCGCAUGCGACCUUUGCUGGAGCGCCUACCAGCGCUGGGAGGAGUCUCGUACGGAACGCCUCAGCAAGAUCCAGAGCCUGCUCGACGCCCAAAGCAGAGCCUCUGACAGUGACAAUGAAGAUGAUAAUACCGCCUCCGACCGCUCGGAUAUCUCGCCGGACGAGAAUGCGAAGCCCGCCCUGACCGGAGUGUUGGCCCAGAGCACCGAGAUUGCCGCCAGCGUUCCUCGUGGCUGGAACUGGAGCACCUUCUAA